AUGUACGCGGUGAAGCCAUGGGGUAAGGUGCUUCUUAUCGGCAGCGGCGUCGGAGCGUAUGCGAUGGGGAUUGGCAUGCGCUGGCGUGAGUCAAACGUUCUGCUUAUCGAGAAACGCGUGGACCCAAGCUAUGAGCUUUCGCUGCGGAGACGCUGCGUCUGCACCGCGCAGACGGUGAAGCUGCUGACGGACUUGGGCUGCACUACAACCAGGAUUGAGGGUAUUCUGCAAAGAGCCAAAGGGUGGCGUUUCCUACGGCCCAACCUCGAGGUCAUCAAGGAGAGCGCGGUGUUUCCAGGCUGCGCAGACGGAGAGGCGGUGUACCACUGCCAAGAGGGCUCGCUGCUUCGAAUGCUGCGGACCGAAUUCUUGCGUUUUGGCGGAGGCAUAAGUUGGGGAACGGAGGCCUUUGACGCGUUUGAGAGCGGUGACGGGAGUGGGGCGUGGAGCCUGCGGAAGAUGUACGGCCUGGAGACGGAAGCUGAGGCCAUUAUCACCUCGGCGAAGGGGUCGUCGCUCGCCGCUGCGUUGAUGGUGGAGGACCCGAAUCGAAUGGCAGUUCUCUUCGAUGAAGAGUCCGGCGUUUUCCACCCCAAGAGAGAGCUCAUUGAAAAGGUGUUUGGACUGAAUGACGUCGUGAUUGUGCUGGGGCUCGGGGUGGUGAUCCACAUGUGGCACACGAAUAGUAACCUCAUCGCGUGGAGAGCCAUCCGGCGGGGACAAAAAGGCAGCUCGGGUUUCUGCACCGAUGGACUGCAUCCACUCAUUCGUGAGGUGCUUGAGGGCAGUGCUGAGCGGCACUCGCGUGUGCGCCUUCUUCCGGCAACCACGCCGGCGAUCAAGGAUUCGGUGAUGCACGUGAAAAUGAGCGUGUUAGGCGAAGGGCUCUUGCCGGUUGACCCCUUUGAGUGGAGAGGCGAUCGAGCGCGGUGCCUCAUUGAGGAGGCCUCCGCCCUCUGUCGGGCGUUUUACGGUAAAAAAUAUCAUCGUGGAAGUGUGGCCUACCUUCUUCGAGGCAUCGAGCAAGACUCACUGUCAAAACGCGCCUCUCUGCUGCGUCGGGACUUGGAGGACGCGGAGCGCUUCAUGGCCGUCCAUCCGGUCAUUGAGGAGGAACCUGGUGCCGCGCCCAUUCAACGGGUUAGUUCAUAG